AUGUCAUUGUCACCUGGCGAAGCUGCAUUGCCGCUCAGAAAGAUGCGCCAGGCCUGCUGGUCUGCCAAAGAUGCAUACACGGAAUGCGUGGACAGCUUGCGUAAGGCCAAAGGCGAUGAGUUUGAGAAGAUUCCCACCUCUGAAAUUGAACUUAAGCAUUGCUUCUUGGAGCGUCGGGCAUUUCUCGCCGCUUGCCCUCAGCAGUGGGUAAAUCUACUUACCUAG